CACAACAAAGACCCUCACUCACUCGCUCUUAAUCUGGCUCUGUUCUUGAAAACCCUCAGACUGUGGGCUGGCACCCGGUAUACAGUCGCUCCAGCAACUCGUACUAUAAUGACGAUCUCUCAUUCAGAAGCUACCUCGACGGCAGACAACAAUGGCGUCCCUGCUUCGGUGCGAAAGCUACAUGGUCGAGCUUUUUAUGAAAGUAUUGGGAGUCCGAAAUUCAUACUCGCUCCUAUGGUUGACCAAUCGGAAUUCGCCUGGCGGAUGCUAACCCGCUCCUUCAUGCCUACCUCCUCCCCUAAGGACCUCUUAGCAUACACGCCCAUGCUCCACGCGCGCCUCUUCGCGCAAACCCCCAAAUUCCGAUACAACCACUUCCAACCCCUCCGACAACCCCUCGAAUCCCCCUCACUUCCACCGGCUCCAUCCCCAUCAUCCGGCUCCUCACCCUACCUAGACGGGAACCCGUCUCUAGACCGCCCCCUGUUCGUGCAAUUUUGCGCUAAUGAUCCAGAGGAGUUAUUGGAAGCUGCGAGAUACGUGGCGCCGUAUUGUGAUGCUGUGGAUUUGAAUUUGGGGUGCCCGCAAGGUAUUGCGAGGAAAGGGAAAUAUGGGGCGUUUUUACAGGAGGAUCAAGACCUUAUUUUUGCCCUGGUCAAUAAAUUACAUCUUGAGCUCUCAGUGCCUGUUACGGCGAAGAUCCGGAUCUUGGAUACGCGCGAAGAGACGUUGGCUUAUGCGCGGAAAGUGGUUCAGGCGGGGGCUAGUAUACUUACUGUGCAUGGACGCACGAGGGAGAUGAAGGGCCAUAAAACAGGACUUGCUGAUUGGGCUGUUAUCAAAUUCUUGAGGGAGCAGUUGCCGAGGGAUACGGUGUUGUUUGCUAAUGGGAAUGUACUGCAAAAGGGGGAUGUGGACCGGUGUUUAGAAGAGACGGGCGUUGAUGGCGUGAUGAGUGCCGAGGGGAAUCUAUACGAUCCUGCUAUUUUUGCUACCCCGCCACCGGUCGGGGAAGAAGGCCGUGAAUACUGGAGGGGUAGGAAUGGGCACGGGGAUGGGUGGAGAAUGGAUGCCGUGGUAAGGAGGUAUAUGGAUAUCCUCUACACCCAUGUCUUGGAAGUCCCCGUGCCGGAACGGAAACCGCUAUACUUGCCUUCGGAUCAGGUACUAGCGACAGAGGUAAAAGUCGAAACAAACGCCAAUGUUGCUAUUAAUGGCAAUAACAAAAGAGGCGCUGAGGGGGAUGGGGAUAAGCCGGCUAAGAAACAGAAAAAUGGAGAAAGGCGUGAGAAAACAUCCAACCCAAACCUCCUAGCCAUGCAACCCCACCUCUUCCACCUCCUGCGCCCCCUCGUCGCAAAACACCACAACGUGCGCGAUGCGCUCGCUCGAUCGCGAGCCGGCGACAUCGCUGCUUUUGAAAAUGUGCUGCAGCUUACUGAGCUGGCUGUUGCCGAAGGACUUAAACAGUAUGAGGGGACGGGUGGAAGGAGUUGGGAGGAGGAACUUGAGGGGGAUGAACGGUUGAGGGCAAAUGGGGUGAAGAGAGAGGAUGGGGAGGAGAUGGAGGAGAGUAGUGUUGAGGCUGCGAGGAGGUGCAAGAGGCCAUGGUGGGUUGUGCAGGCUUAUGUGCGUCCACUGCCCGUUGAGGCGUUGAAGAAGGGCAGUUUGACAUUGAGUAAAAAGGAUCGCGCGAAGCUUGAGGCCGAGGAACAUCAGCGGAAGUUGAAUGGGGUAUCUAAUGGGAAGAUUGAGGUCAAGAAGUUGGACAGUGGGAGUUCGGAGAAAGUCGAGGUUCCGAAAGAGGGAAUGGUUUGUGGGUGA